AUGCUUUCCAAGGUCACUAGACGCUUUUUGAAUUACAAUCAAAUCUACUGUUUUGCUUCUCAACAUGGAGCUGAACAUCAUAAAUUAACCGCUUCUGAUGAAGCUUAUUUGAAUGAAGUUCGUUAGAGAUACGUAACUCCCGACAUGGAAAAGUGGGCUUAUUUGGAUUACAAGAAGCAUCCCUCUACUACUUUGAGCCAUUACGACCACAAGUCCAAGGAUUACGUUGAAUCCGAAAGAGAUGAUUACAAUGCUGAUGUUGCAACUAAUUCCCACAACAAGCUCAUCGAUGACUUCAAGAGAAACUUAUAAAUGCAAAGAAAGGUUCACGACAUCUUACAAAAGAUGGAUAGACCUUACUUAAGAGGAGUUCCUGGUGUUACCAAGAAUAUUUCUGCUGGUUUACAAGACUACUCAGCUCCUGUCUCUAAGAAGAGCUAAUCUGAUCCCAACGAUUUCUACAGAGAUGCCUACAGAAACGAAAACAGAUGGAUCGACCAAUCCGUUUUCACUCCUAAAACUUCUAAAAUGACCCACUACGAUGUUGAAUGGCCCAAGGAAUUGGCUUCCAGACCUGUCACCAAGAAGUUCCACCACGACAAGGGUUAUAAAUAUGAUGUUACCACUCCCUAUGACUAAAGAUACAACUACGUUGCUGAUAGAUUAGGUCACCCUGAAAUCUUAGGUAACCCCUUCGAACGUUUAAUGAGAUUAGAAGGUGAUAUCUAUCACCCCAACUACUUGGACCAACCCUUCGUUAAGGUUCCCAAUGCCAAUCCCAACGCCUCCUUAAACUUCGAAGAAGGUGAAGUUUUAUAUGAAAACACCAGAUUACUUGAAUGGGCCAAGUUCUGGAACUACUCCGUUGUUGUUGGUUAUUUAUGGUGUGCUUACUUCGUUCCCUACAAUAUUUUCUUCAAGACUCACAUGCCUCUUGAACAUGCUUACGAUAACCUUUUCUUCCCUUACUUCUAACACACUCACUUCUUAUGGGACAACAAUGCUCUCCAUAUUCCUACCGUCGGUGGUGUCGCCAUCUAUGCUACUUACAUCGCUUUGAGCUACAUUAAUAACAUCUGGAAGGACUACGUCGUCAGAGCUCAAUUCUCUAAGGAUAAAGAAUUGCUCUUCGUCACUAGAGUUUCUCCUUUCGGUACUACUGAAGAAGAAGUUUACGAAGUUGCUCAUUUGGAACAUUUACCUCCCUCUGUUAGAUCUGGUGUCAAGGACUUAAGCGCCCAAGAUGCUGACGGCUUAGUUGAUGUUACUUGCAUGAGCUCUCAAAGAUCUUUAGUUUUCUACAAGGGUGAUUAAUACUGGAAUCCCAAGGUUUACAACGACUUCAUUAACCAAACCAGCAACUUAUGGACUAGAAACUACACUGGAUACAAUAGAUUAGAAGUUUAAAACUCCGUUGAAUAGGUUAAAAUCGGCUUCUCUCAUUCUUCUCAACCCAAGCUUGAAAAGAAGUGA